UACAUUUAUUCCCUGUUCUGUUUCACCUCUAAACAGCUGCCUCUCCAUUAAGUUCAGGACCAAGGCAGCAGCCCCUCUGUACACAGACUGCAACACCUCUCCUUUUAUACAGCAGCAGCAGACAAACAGAAACCUUCCACAACAGCCAACACAUCAUUUGAAAAGUCUGACGCGGACACUUUCCAGUGAAAACUCUCUCCUGGGGGCAGAGCUACAGCAAAAGCAAGCUCAGGCACUGAGGGAGAGGGUCUCAUUUGCAGACAAUUGAAAGUCCUCAGGAAGAUGCAAGGACUGUCUCCUAAAACUGACACAGGCUAUUUUUAUGCAGCUGGUGAUUAAUUCAUCCUGUAAUAAGGAACCUGAGAUCAGAGCUUUGUGCUUCUUAGCAGGGCCAUCUCUCUGGAGACAGCUUAAUAGGUAUUGUUUUAAACCUCUCCGGUUUGCCAAACCUUUUCUUUUUGUGUGGAUAAACAGAUCAAGAUAUGGUGAAGCCUUUUUACUGGUGGUGCUUGUUUAUGGGGGUCUCCUAUCUUCAUGGAUCUCUGGCAAGACCUCCAGAUGAGCAAGACUACUAUCACCAGGAGAUCUUAACAAGGGAUCACUAUUACUCUUACCCGGACCCUGAGGAGCUACAGACACCUCUGGAGCCAGAGCCAGAGUCUAAUAUACCCCUAGAGCCCAGAGGGGAGAAUAAUCGUGGGACACAGGGCGCAAGAGAUGAGAUAUACCCACUGCCCAAGAAGGAUAUCAAAUCCAAAAAGGUUAAUAAGAAGGAAGACAGAAGUCAACAGCAAACACAAGCCAAGAACGGUAGCAAGAAGACAGACAAAAACAAGAAGAGUUCUGAGAAGUAUGUUUUUGGAGCCAGCGAAGAACCGACUUUCCACGACGUCAGAGAAAGUUGUCCUCCUCUUGGUUUGGAGACUUUAAAAGUAACAGAUUUCCAGUUGCAUGCCUCGACUGUGAAGCGGUACGGAUUAGGAGCACACCGUGGCCGUCUAAAUAUUCAGGCGGGGGUGAACGAGAACGACCUGUAUGAUGGAGCAUGGUGUGCUGGGAGAACUGAUAUACACCAGUGGUUAGAGGUUGAUGCCCGGCGGCUAACUAAGUUCACGGGACUCAUUACUCAAGGGAGAAACUCACUCUGGCUGAGCGAUUGGGUGACGUCCUAUCGGGUGAUGGUGAGCAACGACAGCCACAGCUGGGUUAUGGCUAAAAACGAAACUGGAGAAGGGCUUUUUCAGGGAAACAACGAGAAAGAGAUUCCUGUUCUGAGUGAAUUUCUAGAACCUUUGAUUGGACGUUAUAUUCGGAUUAAUCCGCGGUCAUGGUAUGAAGAGGGGAGCAUCUGCAUGAGAGUUGAGAUACUGGGCUGCCCUUUACCAGACCCCAAUAAUUAUUAUCACAGACGCAAUGAGAUGACAACAUCGGACAAUCUCGACUUUAGACAUCACAACUACAAGGAGAUGAGACAGCUGAUGAAGGUAGUGAAUGAAAUGUGUCCCAACAUCACACGUGUAUACAACAUUGGACGGAGCCACCAAGGACUGAAGAUGUAUGCCAUGGAGAUGUCCGAUAACCCUGGGGAGCACGAAGUUGGAGAACCGGAAUUCCGAUACAUAGCUGGAACACAUGGAAAUGAAGUUUUAGGAAGAGAACUCAUUUUGCUCUUGAUGCAGUUCCUCUGUCAAGAGUAUUUAGCUGGGAACAAACGCAUCCGUAACCUAAUUACCCAUACACGUCUUCAUUUUGUUCCAAGUGUCAACCCAGAUGGUUACGAGAAGGCUGCUGAGUUGGGUUCGGAACUGGGAGGCUGGUCACUCGGACGUUGGACAGUUGAUGGGAUUGACAUAAACAACAACUUUCCAGAUUUAAAUAGCUUGCUAUGGGAAGCAGAAGAUCGACUCAGAAAUAUCCACAGGGCCCCCAAUCAUCACAUUCCAAUCCCGGAUUGGUACCAGUACCAGAAUGCUACCGUUUCCAUGGAAACUCGUGCCCUCAUCGCAUGGAUGGAGAAAAUUCCCUUUGUAUUGGGGGCAAACCUCCAAGGAGGAGAAUUGGUGGUGUCUUAUCCGUAUGAUAUGGUUCGUUCCCCAUGGAAGACGCAAGAAUACACAGCAACACCAGAUGACCAUGUUUUCCGUUGGUUGGCUUACUCUUAUGCUUCCACACACCGUCAUAUGACCGAUUCAAGCCGCCGACCCUGCCACUCUGAAGACUUCAACAAAGAAGAAGGAACUGUGAAUGGAGCCUCCUGGCAUACAGUGGCUGGAAGUAUUAACGAUUUCAGUUACCUGCACACCAACUGCUUUGAGAUCUCAAUUUACUUGGACUGUGACAAAUUCCCCCAUGAGAACGAGCUUGCUGAACAGUGGGAAAACAACAGGGAGUCUUUAAUUGUUUUUAUGGAACAGGUUCAUCGUGGAAUUCGAGGGCUUGUCAGGGAUGUACAUGGAAGAGGGAUUGCAAAUGCCAUUAUAUCUGUGGAAGGCAUUAAUCAUGAUAUACGGACAGCCAGUGAUGGAGAUUACUGGAGGCUGCUUAAUCCAGGAGAAUAUGCGGUGAUAGCCCGAGCUGAAGGUUUCACACCCUCCACUAAGAACUGUGCGGUGGGAUACGAAAUGGGAGCCACACGGUGUGACUUUACCCUCACCAAAUCCAACCUGGCUCGGAUCAGAGAGAUUAUGGAGAAGUUUGGCAAACAGCCAGUGAGCAUGGGUCUACGCCGUAGAAGAAUCCGCACCAGGCCAAGACAACAUACCUAGAACAUCUGAAAUUUUGAUUCUGGAAAACACCUUACUUUGUCAUAUCUAAAUUUAAAGCUCUUAUCUAAAUUAAGAUGUCUGAAUAGUAGAAUAUAAUCUACAUUGGGCUCUUCAUACUGUCAGUAAGGUUCUCUAGCUUUUUCCAAAAAAUAUAGUGACAUUAUGUGAACUUUCUUAAGUGAACAUACUCUAUGAAAGAACGUUUCAUAGCACAGAGCGGAUUAAUCAAUAAUACACGCCAUACUCGGCUUAGCUUAUCUGGACUUAGUUCCGGAAGAAAUUCCAGGAUAAGUAUGUAAUGAGAAUAUGCAUUCCUUAAAUAUUCUGUGCUUACAGACUUUGAAUGUAUAUAGUAUCUCUGGAACUACAUGUUAUUUUCAAGUCUUGUAUUAUAGGCAGCCAGGAAAGGCUGAUGAACCUAAAGUUUGCAAAAAGGGAAAAUGGAAAUGUCUGGUACUCCUAUGAAACGUAAUCAAACAAAAAUGAGAAUUGACUGAGCUGUACAGCCCUCGAAAGAGAAGUCAUUAAACCACAUUACGCUUAAAUCAGAAGACACUAUUCUGUGGUUACUAUAUUUGUCCUCAAAUAUAGUUCUUCAUAUGCUUUCUUUUAAUUGUCUACCCCAGUUAUUUUUUUAUUGCUCCAGCCAAGAAACUGUUCUUCAUUACUGUGCUAUGUAAUCACUUACAUUUUAUUGUUAUAAAAUGAUACAUCAGUCAUUUAAUCCCUCGACUGCUGGGAGAGAUCCCAUUAGUACAUUAGUCCAGUAUCGAUAUGCUAUUGGCCUAUCUCUAACUUUCUUUAAGAAUUUUUUUUUUUUAAAUCUGUUUUAAGAGAUAUUUUAGCAAUAAAUAAGUAGCAAAUGCC